AUGAUACGAAGAGAUUUGCAAGCAGUAAUUGAAAUGUUUUCGCAGCUGAAGCAACUGAUCUUAGUGCUUUUACUACCAAUGCUGAUGGCCGAGGAGCUGGCAAAUGAUACUGAGCAUACUUCGGAGAAAAUAGAGCCGAGAAUCUAUGGUGGAGCUAGGACGACAAUCACCAAGCUGGGCGGCUAUGCAGUGCAGAUUUGUCAGCAGACAAAACUUAUUUGCACUGGAACACUGAUCUCAACCAAGCACGUUGUGACUUCGGCGCACUGCGUCGAAAAUAAGAGCUACAGGAUGUAUCAUGUAGUCUCUGGCGAGACGAAGCAUCGCAGCAAGCUGCGCACAAUUGCAAAACUAAAUUAUAUUGCAGAUGCGCGACUGCAUCCGGAUUAUAAUAAAUUCAACUUUAUUGCCGACAUAGCCGUGUUGAAAGUCACGCAUCCCAUUCGCAGCGUCUAUGUGGGUUACCUACCUAUCUGCAAGUCCAAAUUAGCCGCCAAGGAUGUGGUCACUAUCGCUGGUUGGGGCGAAACUGAACAUACCGACGAUUCGCUGCGUACUCUAACCGUGCCCGUCAUAGAUAAAAAGGAAUGUGAGGACAAGGUCAAGUUUGAUUUGCCGGACAAUGUGAUAUGCGCUGGCAGCUACAAUUCCAAAACAGUUUGUAAUGGCGACUCCGGCGGACCACUGGUAUUCAAGGGUCAACUCUGCGGCGUCAGCACGUGGACCUAUGAAUGUGGCAAUAGGCAGCAGCCUGAUAUCUUUAUGAGUACGUACGCCUACAAGGACUUUAUCAAAAAGUGUGUGGAGCAAAUGAAAUAA